GCCCAAGCUCGACGCACAUGCGUACUUGGCGCGCCGGGGGAGGCGCGCCAGAAGAGUAAAAAUGGCGGCUGCAAUGCGCUUGGCGGCAGCUGGCGCCAGGUUCGGCGGGGUUGUGAGCGGCUUCCGCCCCGCAGCCCGCAGCCUGUGCAGCCAGCCCGUGUCCGUCAGCGAGCGCAUCGAGAACAAGCGCCGCGCCGCCCUGCUGGGAGGAGGCCAGCGCCGCAUCGAUGCGCAGCACAAGCGGGGAAAGCUAACAGCCAGAGAGCGGAUCAGUCUCUUGCUGGACCCUGGAAGCUUUGUUGAGAGCGACAUGUUUGUGGAACACAGAUGUGCUGAUUUUGGAAUGGCUGCUGAUAAGAAUAAGUUUCCUGGAGACAGUGUGGUCACUGGCCGAGGCCGAAUCAAUGGAAGAUUGGUUUAUGUCUUCAGUCAGGAUUUUACAGUUUUUGGAGGCAGUCUGUCAGGAGCACAUGCCCAAAAAAUCUGCAAAAUCAUGGACCAAGCUAUGACCGUGGGUGCUCCAGUGAUUGGACUGAAUGACUCUGGGGGAGCACGGAUUCAAGAAGGCGUGGAGUCCCUGGCUGGCUAUGCAGACAUCUUUCUGAGGAAUGUCUCAGCAUCAGGAGUCAUCCCUCAGAUUUCUCUGAUCAUGGGUCCAUGUGCUGGUGGGGCUGUCUACUCUCCAGCUCUAACAGACUUCACUUUCAUGGUAAAGGACACCUCCUACUUGUUCAUCACUGGCCCUGAUGUUGUGAAGUCUGUCACCAACGAGAAUGUUACCCAGGAGGAACUCGGUGGUGCCAGAACCCACACUACCAUGUCAGGUGUGGCCCACAGAGCUUUUGAAAAUGAUAUUGAUGCUUUGUGUAAUCUCCGGGAGUUCUUCAACUACCUGCCCCUCAGCAAUCAGGACCCUGCUCCCAUCCGUGAGUGCCAUGAUCCCAGUGACCGCUUGGUUCCUGAGCUUGACACAGUUGUUCCUUUGGAAUCUACCAAAGCCUAUGACAUGGUGGACAUCAUACAUUCUGUUGUUGAUGAGCGAGAAUUUUUUGAGAUCAUGCCCAAUUAUGCCAAGAACAUCAUUGUUGGUUUUGCAAGAAUGAACGGGAGGACUGUUGGAAUUGUUGGCAACCAACCUAAGGUGGCUUCAGGAUGUUUGGAUAUUAAUUCAUCUGUGAAAGGAGCUCGUUUUGUUCGAUUCUGUGAUGCAUUCAAUAUUCCACUCAUCACUUUUGUUGAUGUCCCUGGUUUUCUGCCUGGCACGGCACAGGAAUAUGGGGGCAUCAUCCGGCAUGGCGCCAAGCUUCUCUACGCAUUUGCUGAGGCAACAGUGCCCAAAGUCACAGUCAUCACCAGGAAGGCCUAUGGUGGUGCCUAUGAUGUCAUGAGCUCCAAGCACCUCUGUGGUGACACCAAUUAUGCCUGGCCUACUGCGGAGAUUGCAGUCAUGGGAGCAAAGGGUGCGGUGGAGAUCAUCUUCAAGGGGCACGAGAAUGUGGAAGCUGCUCAGGCAGAGUAUGUUGAGAAGUUCGCCAAUCCUUUUCCUGCAGCAGUGAGAGGAUUUGUGGAUGACAUCAUUCAACCUUCCUCUACACGUGCCCGAAUCUGUCAUGACCUGGAUGUCUUGGUCAGCAAGAAGGUACAACGACCUUGGAGGAAACACGCCAAUAUUCCAUUGUAAAUGAAUCAAAGAAAUAUCAGCAAGCAACUAAUUACUCCCUGGUCAUUGCUACUCGUCCUGCCUUUUGCAAUCAUGAAACCUGAGAUUCUAAAUACCAGUAAUAACUUGGAAUGAUUAAGUAUUAUAUUCUAGAA